GCUCAUUCUACUCUCCUUAACAAGCACGCAAGGGAAGAACUGCUUUACUCUAUAAGCUCUGGGCCGUAGUCCACGUAAAAGCUUGUAGAAGACCAGGGUCAGCUGUCGGUGAGCAUCAAGCUGCAGGGGUGUGGCCGUGUCCUCGGCGCGGGGAAGUACGCAGGCGUGUGAGUCCGGCGCGCGCAGGCGCACGAAGGGAACAGUUCGAAGUCCAGGCUGGGGGUGUCCGAGCUGCCGCGGCCGCAGAGGAGUGACGAACUGCCUGAAUAUCCGCAUUUCAGUUUCUGUGCCUUUCAAGAGUUUUAAUUCAUCAUGGAUAAUCUGUCAUCAGAAGAAAUUCAACUGAGGGCUCACCAGGUUACUGAUGAGUCUCUGGAAAGUACAAGGAGAAUCCUGGGUUUAGCCAUUGAGUCCCAGGAUGCAGGAAUCAAGACUAUCACUAUGCUGGAUGAACAAGGGGAACAACUAAACCGAAUAGAAGAAAGCAUGGACCAAAUAAAUAAAGACAUGAGAGAGACAGAGAAGACUUUAACAGAACUCAACAAGUGCUGUGGCCUUUGUGUCUGCCCAUGUAAUAGAUUCUCAGAUGUUGGUUGUUUCUAUGAAACCAGGACAAAGAACUUUGAGUCUAGUAAGGCCUAUAAGGCAACGUGGGGAGAUGGCGGAGACAACUCUCCUAGCAACGUAGUAUCUAAGCAGCCAGGCCGAGUGACAAACGGUCAGCCUCAGCAAGCACCCACAGGAGCAGCCAGCGGUGGAUACAUUAAACGUAUAACUAAUGAUGCCAGAGAAGAUGAAAUGGAAGAGAACCUGACUCAAGUGGGCAGUAUACUGGGAAACCUAAAAAACAUGGCCCUGGACAUGGGCAACGAGAUUGAGGCUCAAAAUCGACAGAUAGGCCGGAUCACAGAAAAGGCUGACACCAACAAAGAUCGUAUUGACAAUGCCAAUGCCAGAGCAAAGAAACUCAUUGACAGCUAAAGCUACUGCUGUACUUUUUUUUCUAUCAUUUAUUCACUUCUGUAGCUUCUCCUUCAAAGUCGUUGCCUUUUCAGAGUUUAAAAUUUUGGUUCCACACUCUUCUAAUCAGGAGAUAAUGUGGAAGAAGGGCAAGGAGUAACAGGCCCCCUAUUUUUACAUUUUCUUUUUCCCUUGAGGGUAGACUGCUGCUCAGCCUUCCUUCUAGUAUUUUCUUUCUCAGUUCAUACUCUUAGAUUGGUUUUCAUACAUCACAGAUAAUGCUGUUUUUCAUCUUCCUCAUUUACUUUAGCAAGUUCCUUUGCUUUCAAGACUUGGAAGCAUUGCCAAAGACAGCCAUGAAAAGGGAAGCUGGGGGCAAGGGUGGGGGAGUGCAAGAAGGAGAGGCCAGAGAUAAGAGGUUGUUACCUCAGUAAAACCUGCAGGCCACGAAACAAAGUCGCAUAGCCACAGUAAAGAUCUAGUUGGAUUUAGUUUUUAAUUUAAGUUGCAGUUAUUGUCAAUUUAGGCUAAUAUUCGGUUUUGGAGCUUUUAAACACAACAUUUUUGUUAUACGUCACAACUUUGCAACCUCUGCUCCAAAAAAGAAUAGAAUGAGUUUUCUUAAACUGAGCUUAAUUUCUGAAUUCUUGGUGGUGAUUCAUAUAUGUACAUAGAUUCUAUGAUCCCAUUUCGUAUUGCACCAUACAGGAAUACUGUGUAUAAAUGAAUGGUUUUUAUUUUCAUGUUAGUAGUAGUAUCAUGGUCCCAUUACAGGCCUAUUAACCUCAUAAAUUUCUUGUUAGUCUUUGAAGAAAAACUAUGUAAAUAUGUAUGUGUAACAUGAGAAUUUCUCUCUAAAGCAGGGCUUAAAAAUUUUUGGAAAAGUUUGACAAAGUAUAUCACGUGAAUUCAGAUUUACCUCAAUACCAAGAAUUAUGUGUAGAUAGGAAAAAAGAAACUUAUUUUGAUCUCAGGUAGAAAAAUGGUUAGAUUGCUUUGAGAUUUAUGUAGAUUUUUAAAAAGCUAGAAUUUAUUCUGUUUAACUAAAAGUGAUUUGGAAAAUUACACCUUUGGUUUUAUUAUUGAUGAUUGCACUGUCAUUGUCUUGGCCUUGUGUAUUGAACUAUGUCCAGAAUCAUGUCUAUUUAGAUCCUGAACAGUAUUAGAAGAAUCUGAUCAAUAUUUGUCACCUUUAUUUAAAAAAUAGCAUCACACACUUCAAAGCUAUUAAUGUGGAUUGGGUUGACCAAUAACCACUGCUUGAUCCUUACAAUUAAAUUUUGUAACUAACUAGUGGAAUUGUUCUUUCAGAUAGGUAGUGUGUUUCUGUGACUUUGGCAGGGGCAAUCAUUUCAUCAGCUCUUAUUUAGUAAACUGAAUAAAGCAGAGGUCCAUAAAUCAAGAAGCACUCCAGCAGAAAUCUGCCUUUCGCACCUUUUCCAUUUUCCCUGUUGAAAAUAUUGACAGGACUUUUCCUAUGAUUUGUCAUGAGGUUCAUUUUAAUCAUUACUAGUCUUUUAUUCAUUUGAGCUAAAAUACACUAGUGACUAAAAGGAUAAUGUUUAUGAGAGAGAACUACAACCCCCUUGAGAAGAUACAGUUAACAUGGGAGCUUUCAAAGACUUGAAGAGGAAAAAAUUUAAAGUGAGAUUCAGUUAGGCCCUCUCUAAUAGAAAUGCUCCAUGCCAAAAGGAGUAGUUUGGCAGGUGAUGGUAGAGGUGUAAAGUAAGAAAGUGUAAAACACUGGGGAUUGUGCUAUUCCUAAAUGCUCUUCCUAAAAGCAUUUAAAAAAACUUUUUUUUUUAACACUGUUAUGGCUAAAGGAAAUAGUUCUGAAGAUACCAAUAUGUUCCCCCCACAGUAUAACUGGUUAGAAGUUUGAGCUAAGGCACCAAAUUGUCUGGAUUUACAUUCUAGCUCUGCCACCUGCUGGCUGAGUGACUGUAAGCCCAUUUUUGUGCUGCAGUUUCCUUGUCUGUAAAUGGAGAUUACCAUUCCUACCUCUUAGAGGUCUUGUGAGGACUCAUUGUGGCAAUGCAUGUAAAGCACUUAAGAGCAGUGCCCAGCAAGUGUAAGAGGUUAAUAAAUGAUAGCUGCUAUUCUCUCUA